CUUGAAACUGAUUGUAGAUGGUCCGAGUCUGUAUGUGGACACCUUUGUGUUCGUGAAUGAAUCACAUCAAGACGUGACUGUCCUGUCCUAUGUAAAAGAGUAAAUAUAGCCCCUAUUUGAGGCUCAUUCAUGACUCAACCAUCAGUGUCAUGUGUUAACCAAUCGCCAGUCGGCUCUCCACAUUCGGCAUGACAGUUACGCGAGGCCAUUUGUGAUAGGUUGAGGACGUUAGUUCUUAAAAAAUCAACCCGCUGUUGUUGUUUCUUCGAGGAUAUCGGUUUGAUCUUUUCUCCACGCCCCUGCACACAGAUUUCUGGCUCAGUUGAGGCAUCGCAGUGAACACCGCUGUACGGAUACAGGAAGCUGGGUUGAGAAUUAAACAAGACCUUCAUAUGAUAUAGACACGUAUCAAUUCAAUAUGAAGAAAAUUUGGGAUCAUGCAGGCUCAGGAAGUCCUGAGACAGCUGCGAAUUCCUGAGUUCGAUGACGUUCGGCAGUACAUGCGAGCUCUUCCUACGAAUGCGUUGAUGGGCGUUGGUGCUUUCGCUGCCAUAACGACUUACUGGUUUGCCACACGACCGAGAGCCCUGAUGCCGCCCUGCGAUCUCUCCCUGCAGUCCGUAGAGCUGCCCGGUGAAGAACGUGCCAGAAGGUCAACUCUAACCACUGAUAAUGAGUACCUGACUCACUACUACGAUGAUGCACACACCAUGUACGAGGUCUUUCAGAGAGGAAUGCGCGUCUCCAAUGAUGGGCCAUGUCUUGGAUCAAGAAAACCUAAUCAGCCCUAUGAAUGGCAGUCCUAUUCUGAGGUAGCUAUAAAAGCAGAGGGCAUUGGCUCUGCUCUUCUUUACAAAGGACACUCACAAACCGGAGAUAAAUUCAUUGGAAUCUUUUCUCAGAACAGACCAGAGUGGUCCAUUGCAGAAUUGGCCUGUUACUCUUAUUCCCUAGUGGCCGUACCGCUGUAUGACACUCUCGGUGCCGAGGCCAUCGGCUACAUUUUACAGCAAGCCACUAUUUCCACAGUGAUCUGUGAUGUAGCCGAUAAAGUCCGGUUGCUUCUGGACUAUGGCAGUUUGAAAGGGGGCACAGUGAAGACUGUGGUGCUCAUUGAGCCGUUUGAUGAUGAUUUGGUGAAACUGGGAGCAGAGGCUGGGAUUGACAUCCAGAGCUUCAAAGAUUUUGAGGCUUUAGGACAUACCAGUCACCAAACUCCACAGCCUCCCAAAUCAGAGGACCUGGCACUGAUCUGCUUCACAUCUGGAACCACAGGGAACCCAAAAGGUGCUAUGUUAACUCAUGGAAAUGUGAUCUCCAACACGGCAGCUUUUCUCAAAAUUACACAGGUAAAUAAACACAUGCAUCUGUGACGUCUGAAAAGGAGAAAUACGACAAAAAUGUAAUAAUGUAAUAUUUAUUGAUCUGCCCAAUGCCAUAAAUCUACAUUCUACUGUAGUUUUAUUUUUGGAGCAGAAUCGAGAGCACGUUCACCAACACGAAGGUCGGCGGUUUGAACCCUGCUCUGUCCAGUGCAUACUGAGUCUUUUGUGUCUUUGGGCAAGAUACUUUUGUCAAAUGUGAAUGUGGUGUGGUGGUGGUUGGGGUGCCAAUGGUGCAAAUUGGCAGCCUCUCUUCCACCAGUCUGCCCCAGGGCAGCUGUGGCUACAUUAAUAGAAUACCACGAUGGGUAAGGAGUGAAUGAAUGAUCACAGUGUGGCACGUGGAGAGGGUUGUAAACCUUGUGAAACACAAUACAUGUGUAAAGCAUUGUUUAAAUAAUACUUAAUUAUAAUGUUUAUUUCAAACCACUCAACUCCUUUAACAGGUAAUAAUUAUAUGUAAUAAUGACUUACUCUUGUAAUGUGCAGAUUUAAUUGCAAAAGCCUCGGGCUCUGGUCUACAGGACUGCAAAACGGCACAUUGUAACCUCAUUUAAAAGUGUUUGCACCUGAUUUUAGGCAGGUAAAACUGAGAGACUUAAUGGAAGAGGUUUGUAUUUGUACUUUUGUGAAACUUGAAUGCAUUCUCAGUCAGUUUGUUCUGGACUCAGACCUGCAAAACCCCUCAAAGCUCUACACUGUACUCAUUACUCAUUCACUCGAUACUGAGCGGUGGGAAGCUACUAUUGUUAGCACAGCUGCCUGGGACAGACUGACGCAAGUGAGGCUGCCAAGCUCCACACAUACACACAAAGACAGACACAAAGACACAGGCACACACACACACACACACACACACGCACACACACACACACACACACAGCAGGUGAAGUGCCUUGCACAGGGACAGAACUGAGUCUAAGCAGGAAUCAACCCUCUGACCUUCAUGUUGGGGGACCACUGCUCCAACCACUGAGCCACUGUUGCCCCAAGUGUUAACCCUGACUUCUCUCACUCCUGCUCUGUGCACUAUGAU